AUGGCGACCAUGGCAGCUGCUGCUUGCGAUAUCCACCUGGCCUCCGAUAUGAGCCGAGACAACUUGACUGUUGUAGCGGCUCGGAGUGUUCCUGCGACUGUGACACGAUCUCACCCCCUCCCCACCCCUCCCAACUCCAUCUCUCCCGCCCUGCCGCCUCACGGCCUCAAAGCUCAGCUCCAGAAGGCCAGGCUCGAGCCCAUCGACUCGGACCUGGACUUGCACGACGAUCCGACUGGUCACAGACAAGCGUCGCGAUCGCCGUCCUACGACGCGACCGGUGCCAUCAGCACCACCCUGCUGGCCAAGCAUCACCUCCCUGAAAUCCUCCUCAACCACGGUCCUCUAGCUAUCCGUCACAUCAUGGGCUACCUGACAACGUCUGUACCGGGCUUCGCAGGAAUCCCGCCGACCAAGGCACGACGCCUGGUGGUGGGAGCCUUGGAGGGCCGCGGAGGCGAGGGUGGUGGACCGGACGGCGACGUGGAAUUUGAAAAGGUGGGCUGGGGUCGGUGGGAUGCCCGACGACGUGGUCAGGCAGCGCGCGGGUCUACACCACCCACUGACUACCGAUCCGGCAUUCCCAUUAACACCAGCGGCGGACGCGGUGCGGACAGAUCUCGCCUGAACCUUGCCUCGUCCAGCGCUGGCGAUUCCAUCGUCUUCUCUCACGACGACCGCGAUGCCAUGAUGAUGGAAUGCGAAGCGGACAAGAUGUCCCUGGAUGGCUCGGCCUCCGCCUCGUGUUCCGAGGCUCCGGAUGACGACGAUAUCGCCAUGAAUGAUGACCCUGAGGACGCCACCGACGAUGAAGACUGGGCCGCCGUUGGAGCUGCCGCUCUACGCGCCGAGUCAUACAACACAGCCGGCGCAACCGCCCAGUCUGCCGGACGCAGCUUCCUCUCCGCCAGUGUAUAUAACUCGGGAGGCCUGCGAACCGUCUCAACUGGCAUGGCGCGCUCGCUCCAACCUCUGCCCUUCGACUUCUCGGCGCUCCAGGGCCCGUCUGAUGCGCAGGAGCGUGAGGCGGUUGAGGCUCUGUUGCGAUUGGGUUCUGUAUAA